AUGAAGUUGUUGAGUUGUUUCACAUUCCUUUUCAUGGCUAUUACUGCCGUUUACGCCGCCACCUCUUCAGAUCCAACAGUCACCCAUAAGGUGUAUUUUGAUAUCACACAUGGAGAUGAAAACGUUGGUAGAAUUGUGAUGGGUCUCUAUGGUGACGUUGUCCCUAAAACUGUUGAAAAUUUCUACCAAUUGACCAUUUCUAAGGACCCAAAGAUGGGUUACUUGAAGUCUAUCUUCCACCGUGUCAUUCCAAAUUUCAUGAUUCAAGGGGGUGAUUUCACUAACGGUUCUGGUAUUGGUGGUAAGUCCAUCUACGGCAAGAAGUUCAAGGAUGAAAACUUUACUUUGAAGCAUGACAAGCCUGGUAGAUUAUCCAUGGCUAAUGCCGGUAAGGAUACCAAUGGAUCCCAAUUCUUUAUCACCACCGUGGUAACCCCAUGGUUAGAUGGUAAACAUGUUGUCUUCGGUGAAGUCUUGGAAGGUAUGGAUGUAGUUCACUACAUUGAAAACGUCCCAAGAGACAGAAGAGACAUGCCAUUGAAGAAGGUGCAAAUUGCUGCAUCUGGUGAGUUGAAAAAUUUAAAGGCUCACAAUGAAUUGUAA